AGCCAAAAAUGGACUAAGACUAAACCUCUUUCUCCUUCUGGUGUAGUUAGGUCUUUUUAUAAAAAAGGCUGGAUAGAUGAAUUGGGCAUGUUAGCUUGGACUAAUAGUUAUAUUGAAGUUAAGGCAAAGUUAUAUAAAAACAAUAAUGAUCUGGUUGUUAUUUUGGGUAGUCUAACCUUUGUAUGCCAACCUCUUGAUGUUUCUAUAAAUUAUCCUUUCAAAGAUGAAAUCCUUAGUAAUAAAAGUAAAGAAAUUAGCCAAAAUGAAACUCAUCAUGCUUCUAAUAAACAUAAUGUAAUUACAAUCAAUUCUAGUAAUAAUGAAAAAGACUGUAAUGCAAUUAUUGAAAAAAAUGCAAUUAUUAAAAAAGAUGCAAUUAUUGAGGAAGUUGCAAUUAUUGAGGAAGAUAAAAAAGUUCUUGUUUUUACAAUUAAUUAG